CCGCGAGGGCUAAAAGCUAUUGUCCUUGGCUCAGUCAGUUAGUCUAGCGCUAAGUUAGUCGCAACUCAAACGUUGGCGCGUAAUGAGCAGACGACUAAGAGAGUGUAAGCCACCAUAAAUAAGUAUAUGUGUGAGUGUGUGUGUGAGCUAGUGUGCCCACUAAUGGUGCUAAUCGUUAUGCAAUCACGCAAGCCUAGCAGCAAUCCGUGAAGUGCCAAUGCUAGUGGAAUGUCUUUGAAACGUUACGCAAUACUCGCUGCGGUCAAUCAACACUACAAUUCGGAAAAGCGACAACAGCAACUCAAUAAUAAUGCAACAGCCAUGUCAACAACAUCCUCAGCACUGCUUGCAACAUUAACAACAACACGAACGGCGGCAAUAGCUGCAACACCUUCGCUUUCUAGUCCAGCAACCAGCGAGGAAGAUGCGUCUCAGGAGUAUGCCAGCAGUCAGCAGAGCAUUGACAGCGACGGCGACAACGACAACGACAGUGGCAGCGCCUCGUCCUCGUCAUCCUCCUUCACCACCUACUAUAGUGGCGGGUUAGGUCUCUAUCACCAGCAGCAUCAGCGCGGCGGCAACGGUGGUAUAACGCUACUUAAUGGCGUUCCAGGAUCUGGCAACAGCGCAGGACCACACACCUAUGCGAAUGUCGUCAAUGGCAAUGUGAAUCUCCUAUUGGGCGGUGCCAUGUUGUCAUUGGUCACAACAAUUUUGUGUGUGGUCUGCUAUUGUUGCCAUCGCAACAUUAAAAAACGUACAGAGGCCGCAUAUCGACAGCAGCGGCAAUGGCUGGAGAACGAUCCGAAUAUGGAAAUUUACAGUGUUGAGCAGUGCUACGAAACGUCUGGCCUAUUUUUAGGCGACUCCAGCGAUGGUUUGGCUGUGUUGCCGGCUUUGCAUCACGAGCCACCGCCAUCGUACGAUGCUGUUGUGCUGCAUGAGCAGCAACUGUUGCAACAGCAACAACUGCAACAGCAACAGUUGCAGCAGCAGCAAUUAUUGCUGCAACGCGUCUCUCCGCCACCCGGCUAUCAUUCCACGCUGGACAUCAGUACACUGGCAGUGGCUGCAACUUGUGGACGGGGCACUCCCGAUGGUAUGGCCAUGAAUGAGUGCGUCGCUGAAUCGUCCAUGAGUGCCGCAGCCAGCAGCAGCAACUUCGUGGGCAGCACACCGCAAACUGUUGCCGGCCGAAAGCCGCUGAACGCGCAAGCAGCUCUCAACAUGAAGCGCGUGUUGAAUGCCCAAUCCUGUUGCUCCCUGCAGCGCGCUGAGGUGGAGAACAUGUGGUAUGCGGCAGCGGCGGCGGUAGCUGCGCGCAAUGGCAACGGAAAUUGCAUGGAGCUGGAGACAUAUACGCCGCCGCCGGCGCUACAGGCUCGCAAGCAUGGCUCGAACAUGGCGACGGGCUCGAGAUUAAACAGUUUUGGGCGACGAUAUCUGCAGCAGACACACCAACACAGUCACAAUUACCGAAGGGGGUGCCCUUUAUGUGGAAAAUUUCGUUAUGACGCGGAGGAUGCGUUGACAGCGUCCACAGAAAGUGUUUUGGACACGGCCACAACAUCGCGUGAUGGCCAGACCCUGCCCAGUCUGGAGCAUCGUUUUGUAGAAGAUGAUAGCCGACACGAUGUCAAUGACAACGUUUGCAAUUUACCAAAUGAUGGACAAGCAGUUGUGGCGGAGGAGCCAGCGAAGCUAGAUCCCCAAAUGGUCGCAGAAACUUUUGACUCAACUGUCAACGAUGACGAUAUUGAGGCCGACGGCAAAACUGCGGAUGCAACAAAUGGAAAUGCAAUCGAAACAAUGGCAGCUACCGUUGAGGAGAGCGGGGCUGUUGCCACAGAUGAGAAUGAAAAUGCGGCGACAAAUGGGGGAGAUGCUAAUGCUGCAAUCAACGAUUUGGACAGCAUUAAUGACAACGGCAUUGUUAGUCUGGAUAUGAGCAAAAUUAUCGACAGAUCUGGUUUGCCUACAUAUGAGGGUGCCCUAAAGCUUGAGUCGAGUGGCUAUGUGUAGAUUUAACGAAUAGAGCCCUGCAUAUACAUAUAAUUUUCCCCGAAGCAAAAAGUCUACAAAAUAAAUUGUACAAAUGAAGGUACAUUUAUUUGAAAGACAUUGAUGUUUGAAUAUAAUUUUAUAAUUUUGUGAAUAUAGGAUAGGUUUUAGGGCGAAUUUUUUAAUAGUUUUUGAAAAAAGACCUUGGCAUUAUGACACUAUACUAAAAACUAAGCUAAAAUAGGGCAAUUUUAUUGCAUUAUCAAAAAUGCUACUCGGUCCAAGUUGGAAGUCAAUAAUAAGCUGAGCGCCGCAACAGCUAAGAUGUGGUGGUUAAACAUGGUCUUGGAACAAUAGGUUGACUAAUGCUGUAAAAUUCCAAAUAACUGAAACAGGUGGGCGACUGACAACAGUGGGUUGCGAUGUUAUUUAUUUUUUGAAGCCUGCAUGCGAAACAUUUCUUUCGCGCCAUCCAGUUUUAUUUCAA